GUGUCUGUAUGGACGAUGGAACUGCUGAGUAGUUUCAAGUCGAACGUCCAAGUGGGGACUCGUACCUUUGAGACACAGGAACUGCAGAAACUGAUUCCGCAACUUGAAGAAGCAAUUCAGCGUAAAGACCAACAAUUGAGAGCUCAACAAGGAACCGUUGAGAAUCACAUCCGGAGAAUCGCUGAAUUGGAGGCAGAGGUCACAUCACUGCAGCGAGAAUGCGACAAGCUACGUUCCGUACUUGAGCAGAAGGCGCAGUCGGCGGCCAGUCCUGGGGGCGGAAUCGCCCCGGCCUCUCCGCGAUCGGAACAACUUGGAAACGACUUGAAAGAGAAAGCAGUGUUACCAGCCGAUGGUGCGAGUACACGAGCAAAGAAAUUGGCAGUUUCUGCAGAACCAACGAAUUUUGAGAAUCAAGCAACCACUUUGCAACAUUAUAACAAAACUGCUGGUUCCAAACAACUUAUACGCGACGCGGUGCACAAAAAUGAUUUCUUGAAGCAGUUGGCAAAGGAACAAAUCAUAGAAAUAGUUGAAUGUAUGUAUGAGAUGCGCGCACGAGCGGGACAGUGGGUUAUUCAGGAAGGCGAACCAGGAGAUCGACUGUUUGUCGUUGCAGAGGGUGAGCUGCAAGUUUCGCGAGAAGGACAACUUUUGGGAACCCUUCAUCCUGGAAUCGUAAUGGGAGAACUUGCUAUAUUAUAUAACUGUACAAGAACAGCGUCUGUACAAGCAUUAACCGACGUCCAGCUAUGGGUAUUAGAUCGCAGCGUUUUCCAAUUGAUAACACAACGGCUUGGUAUGGAGAGACAUACGCAGUUAAUGAACUUUCUCAGCAAGGUAUCGAUUUUCGAGAACUUGUCCGAAGACCGUAUUUCUAAAAUGGCUGACGUAAUGGAUCAAGAUUACUACGCUGCAGGUCACUACAUUAUUCGUCAAGGAGAGAAGGGUGACGCAUUCUUUGUUAUAAAUAGUGGAACUGUGAAAGUGACGCAGUUGAUAGAGGGUGAAGCAGAGCCGCGUGAGAUCAGAAUUUUGAAUCAGGGUGACUUCUUUGGUGAAAGAGCACUCCUUGGUGAUGAAGUUCGUACGGCGAAUAUUAUUGCUCAGGCACCUGGAGUUGAAGUGUUGACGUUAGACAGGGAAUCCUUCCUUAAGUUAAUUGGUGAUCUCGAAGCACUAAAACGUGACUACGGUGACAAAGAACGAUUGGCCCAAGUAUUAUUAGAGCCCCCUAGCCCAACAAAGGAUAUAAUACGUGAAGAAUUUGCACAUGUUCAAUUAAAAAACAUAAAACGGUUAGCAACUUUGGGCGUCGGAGGCUUUGGACGUGUUGAAUUGGUGUGUAUUAAUGGGGAUAAAUCAAGGACAUUCGCAUUGAAAGCCUUGAAGAAGAAACAUAUAGUGGAUACCCGGCAACAAGAGCAUAUUUUUGCCGAACGAAACAUCAUGAUGGAGACCAACUCAGAGUGGAUCGUAAAAUUAUAUAAGACAUAUCGUGAUACCAAAUACGUUUACAUGCUUCUCGAAGUCUGCUUGGGCGGUGAGUUGUGGACAACGCUGAGGGACCGGGGUCAUUUUGAUGAUUAUACUGCCCGGUUCUAUGUUGCUUGUGUGCUAGAGGGUUUGGAGUACCUACAUCGGAAACAUAUUGUAUAUCGUGAUCUUAAGCCGGAGAAUUGCCUGCUUACCAACACGGGAUAUCUCAAAUUAGUAGACUUUGGUUUUGCCAAAAAGUUAGCGUCAGGUAGAAAAACGUGGACUUUCUGUGGAACACCAGAGUAUGUAUCACCGGAAAUAAUUUUAAACAAAGGUCAUGAUCAGGCUGCAGAUUAUUGGGCUCUGGGCAUUUAUAUAUGUGAGCUUAUGUUGGGUCGUCCGCCUUUUCAAGCUAGUGAUCCUAUGAAAACCUAUACUCUUAUACUAAAAGGAGUUGAUGCCUUGGAGAUUCCAAAUCGCCGGAUUGGCAAAACAGCCACGGCAUUGGUCAAGAAACUGUGUCGCGAUAAUCCUGGAGAACGAUUAGGGUCCGGCUCUGGAGGAGUGAACGAUAUAAGAAAGCAUAGGUGGUUCAUGGGAUUUGAUUGGGAAGGUCUGCGGUCUCGUGUUCUCAAAGCACCGAUUCUUCCUAAGGUGUCUAAUCCGUCUGACGUCACUAACUUCGACAACUACCCUCCUGAUCAGGAUGUGCCACCAGACGAAUUCUCUGGUUGGGAUGAAGGGUUCUAG